AUGGCUAUAGUUUCACCCAAGAGUUCAAAGAGGAAGGCGUCGGAAGAAGCUGCUUCCCCGGACUCUCAGCAACAGACGAUUAAGAAAGCGCGUACUGAUUCCCCAGAGAAAGAAGACGAGGAAGAUGGUCCAGCACUGAAGCCCCCCCUUCGCAUUGUGCCCUUUCCCGAGAAGCCUGCUGUUCUAGAAGAGCGCCGAGGUGAUAUCGAGUUCCGAGUUGUCAACAAUGACGGGUCACAUGAUAGCUUCAUUGUCCUUACCGGUCUGAAGUGUAUCUUCCAGAAACAACUCCCUAAGAUGCCUAAGGACUACAUCGCUCGACUGGUGUAUGAUCGAUCGCACUUGUCAAUUGCGAUUGUAAAGCAUCCGCUGGAAGUUGUUGGAGGAAUCACUUAUCGGCCAUUCAACAGUCGCAAGUUUGCGGAAAUCGUCUUCUGUGCCAUUUCCUCGGACCAGCAGGUCAAGGGUUAUGGUGCGCAUCUAAUGUCUCACUUGAAGGACUAUGUCAAAGCUACCUGCCCCAUUAUGCACUUCCUCACCUACGCAGACAACUACGCCAUUGGAUAUUUCAAAAAACAGGGAUUCACCAAGGAAAUUACACUGGACCGAUCAAUCUGGAUGGGCUAUAUUAAGGAUUACGAGGGCGGUACCAUCAUGCAGUGUACUAUGCUGCCCAAGAUUCGAUACCUUGAGAUGGGGCGGAUGCUACUGAAGCAGAAAGAAGCAGUGCAGGCGAAGAUUCGAGCCUUCAGCCGUUCCCACGUUAUUCAUCCAGCACCCAAGGAGUGGAAGAACGGGGUAAAUAAGAUUGACCCUCUUUCAAUCCCGGCGAUUAAAGACUCCGGAUGGUCACCCGACAUGGAUGAGAUGGCCCGCCAGCCUCGUCAUGGACCAAAUCAUAAUCAGCUUCUGCACUUGCUCAACGAUAUGCAGAAUCAUAGUGCUGCCUGGCCCUUCACGCAGCCUGUGAACCGAGACGAAGUACCUGACUACUAUGAGGUUAUUCUCGAGCCAAUGGACCUGUCCACCAUGGAAGAAAAGCAUGAGAAAGACAUGUAUCCGACCCCACAGGACUUUAUCAAGGAUGCUACACUCAUCUUUACGAACUGCCGUCGAUAUAACAACGAGAGUACAGCGUAUGCUAAGAGCGCGACUAAACUCGAACGUUUCAUGUAUCAGCAAAUCAAAGCCAUCCCGGAGUGGUCGCAUCUCGCUGACAACAACUGA